CAAAAAUGGAAUGUCGUUUGGAAAAUGAUAUUUUCUUCUUAGUUAAAAAUACUGGUCUUACUUUUUACAUUCUAUUGGAUAGAAUAUGCUGAGUUGAUAAUUUGGCAUUACAUUUAAGUAAAGUAAUUAUUUUUUAAUCUGCACGCGUUUUGGCCUUCUUGUUUUUAAAAUUAUUAAUUUUCAAACAUCGAUCUAAUUUGAUUGUCAAAAAAAAAAUACAAAUACCAAAUGGAGUGUGAAUCGCUGUCAGCAAAUUGCAAAACCGGAUCGACGGUGGAGUACGUUAGGGAUCAUCCGUUCGAGGUUGGACCCCGCUACUCUAAUCUGGUCUACAUCGGAGAGGGGGCCUAUGGAAUGGUUGUGUCAGCCAUUGACCAUCUGACCAAGACGAAGGUGGCUAUCAAGAAGAUUUCACCAUUUGAACAUCAAACCUACUGCCAAAGGACUUUGAGAGAAAUUAAAAUACUUACAAGAUUAAGACACGAAAAUAUUAUAAACAUUCAAGACAUCAUAAGGGCACCGACUGUUGAUGAGAUGAAAGAUGUUUACAUAGUGCAGUGCCUCAUGGAGACAGACUUGUACAAACUGUUGAAGACCCAGAAGUUGAGCAACGACCACGUGUGCUACUUCACCUACCAGAUAAUGAGAGGCCUCAAGUACAUCCACUCUGCUAAUGUCUUGCACAGGGAUUUGAAGCCGAGCAACUUGCUGGUCAACACUACUUGCGAUUUGAAGAUAUGUGACUUUGGUUUGGCAAGGGUUGCUGACCCGAACCACGACCACACAGGUUUUCUCACUGAAUAUGUUGCAACACGCUGGUACAGAGCUCCUGAGAUCAUGCUCAGUUCUAAGGGAUACAGCAAAGCCAUUGAUGUGUGGUCUGUAGGGUGCAUACUUGCUGAACUCCUAUCCAACAAGCCCAUCUUCCCUGGCAAACAUUACCUGGACCAGUUGAACCACAUUCUGGGAGUGCUUGGGUCUCCAUCCCAGGAGGAUCUCAACUCCAUCAUCAAUGAAAAGGCCAGAGGGUACCUGCAGUCUCUGCCGUUCAAACCCAAACAACCGUGGAACAAGUUGUACCCGACCGCUGAUCCUGACGCCCUCGACUUAUUGGACAAGUUGUUGACCUUCAACCCUCACAAGAGGAUAACGGUGGAAGAAGCUCUUGCUCAUCGAUAUCUCGAUCAGUACUAUGACCCCGCUGAUGAGCCCGUUGCCAGUGAGCCGUUCACUUUUGAAACUGAGUUGGAUGACCUGCCUAAGGAGCAGUUGAAGAAGUUGAUAUUUGAAGAGACCAACCUCUUGAGACAGAAGCAGGCUGCUGAAAUGUAUGGCGGCCAAGUUGCACAAGCAUAAUUCAAUCACUUGAAAGCAUUCCAAAGAAGCAUCCUCACCAUCAAACUACAUGAACUGUUCAGGCUAAUUAGAUUUCAGCUGCAUUUCGUUUACUUAUUAUUUUGUUAUUGUUAAUGUCGUUGUUGUCAUUGCCGUUAUUAUUGUUGUUGUUUUUGAGUUUCUUUCAAUUUUAUAACUAGUUUGAGAUUUAUCUUGCAACAAAUAUUUUUGUAAUGUAACUAACUAACUAACAUUUUUACAGCCAUACGUCAUAUGUCUUUUAUCAAAAAAAUAAUCACUGACCUAAUAGCUACUUCGAAAGAACUUUUACAUUUGCAAGAGAAUUUAUAAAUUGUACAUUUUAUGUAUAUCUUACAAAAAUUCUGAGUUUAGCUUAAUGACAAUUUAUUUUAAAUAUUUGAUGUUUUAAUUUGAGAAGGCACGCAUGAUCUUGAAUCGUGAUGAGCACAAAUAUUUGAUGCUGAGGUUUCAGGAAUCAUUUUUUUCUGUUUUCACUUGCAAUACUAAUCAUGUAUCCGUGAACCAGUGAGAGGAAAUUUUUCAUCACUAAUUAUUUAAAUGAAGUAAGAGCUUUGGUGUAUAUUACAAUGUUUGAUAUGAGAUAAUUUGUGUUCAUUUUUAUCAAUUUUGAAAAAUAAACGUUAUUUUGUAUCGCAUUCGUAAAAAA